AUGCCCCCCAGAUUACCGGCGCCGCUGACCCCCGUGGUCGAUGCGUGCGUCGUCCCCUCGUGCAAAUCAGCGCCGUUCGUGCGGUCCUUUAGCUCGACGCCGUGCAAGCAGAAGAUGAGCCGGGCUCGGCAGCAGAUGUACCAGUGGCUCAAGGGCAGGGAAGGCUCCGAGCUGGCAGAGGCCAAGGGCGGGCCGCGGUACUUGGGGCCGCUGCAGGACCAGCCUUUCCCGCUGAACCCGCUGUUCCGGAGCCAGCCGGUGCUGGACGAGCAGACGAGGGAGCUGAUCUGGGACAAGGUCAUCAUGAGGGGCGAGGCGCUGAAGGCGGUGUCGGCGGAGAUGGGCGUUGAUGUGAGGAGGGUUGCGGCUGUGGUGAGGCUGAAGGAGGUGGAGAAGCAGUGGGAGAGAGAGGGCAAGAAACUGGCAAUCCCCUAUGCCAAAGCCGUCAUGAACAUGCUGCCCAAGACAUCAUACCGCGAGGGCGAGAAGAACCUGCCGCAUGAGCCUGUAAACGAGAUCCACGUCCACAAGCUGACGAUGCAACAACUCUUUGUGCCUGUGUCCGAGUCACGGCACUUUACCCGACAAGACGCCGCAAAGGCCUUCCACGACACGAUGCUCUCCGUCGAUGCGCGAUCACCGCAGCCAGAGCUCAUCAAGAUGGAGCGCGAGAUAUUACAGGGCAAGACCCGGCAGGACAGUCUGGCCAAGUUCAAAGAGGCGACGCAGAAGGAGGAGGACCGGGUAGCACAGCGCAUCGCCCGCGAGGCGCAGCGGGAAGAGGAGGCGACGACGAGGGUGGCCACGGACCGCUACGAGUUUCGGUUCAAGGAGAUUAAUGCCGAUGACGUGGGCCGCACUGGCCGGUCGAGAAAGGGCACUGGUUGGAGGUAUGGUGCGCCGUUUGAUGACCGCAAGCGCGGGCUGGUCAAGAUUCCUACGUCUGUGCCGUAA